AUGUGGUAUAAAAGUCCCUGCUGCUGGCUUCAAGUAUUUACUCCAGAAGUGAGUUCACAGCAAAUUUCUGAUUCAACCACAUUUCUAACUUGUCUCUCUCUCUCUCUCUCUUUCUCUACAGCCGUGGUGAUUGAUGACGUUGAAAAGGACCUCCCGGACUUCACCGAAGGAUGGGAGGGCUUCAUUGUCGGUGGCCAGAAUGCCGUUGCCGGUCAAUUCCCGCACAUGGCUUCUCUGAGAUCCACUGCCAAUAGCCAUUUCUGCGGAGGAUUUAUCGUCAACAAUCGUUGGGUUGUGUCUGCCGCCCAUUGCACGAUUAACCGCACUCCUGCAAAUACCUGGAUUGUCGUUGGUGCUCUGCAGCUCAGCACUGGAGGCACAAAUGUCUUCACUUCUGCCGUUGUGAACCACCCCAACUACACUCCCUCCACUCUGGCCAACGACAUCUCCCUUCUUCAGUCCCGCGACGUCAUUGCCACCAGCGCCACGGUUCAACCUCUCGCUGUGGGAUCCGAACACGUUGGAGGCAACCUUCAGGCCACCGCUGCCGGAUGGGGACGUGUCGGUGCCAAUCUUCCUCUGGCCAACACUCUGCAGUGGCUCUCCACCACGACUCUGACGAACGCCGAGUGCCGCUCUAGAAUGCCGAACGCCAACACUGCCAACAUGGUCUUCGACAACACCAUCUGUGCUUUCACGCGCCAGGGCGAGGGCAUGUGCAACGGAGACUCCGGAUCAGCCUUGUUCAUUGGCACCACGGCUAUCGGUGUGGUGUCUUGGGGAAUUGGUCCCUGCGCCAAUGGAUGGCCAGACAACUUUGCUCGUGUGUCUUCUCACCGCACCUGGAUCAUCUCUCACACCGGUUAAAUCAAUUUACCGAGAAGUGUAAUGAAGCUGAUUCUGAAUAAAU